GGUCGUUCUCCGCCCCUUCGGCGCCACCACGUGUGUCCCCGAGCUGAGUGGCCAUCCGACUCAGUCCCUCGCCGGCCGGUCCGGGCAGCGGAGGAGGCGAGUGGUUGGUAGCGGCUGGAAGCUUCGCUAUGGGAAGUCGCUCUUUAGCGUUGUCGCGGCUAGCCCUGCUCCCUGGUUCUCCGCAGCCGCUGUCGCUGGAGAGCACCGGGAGGCGCGGGUUGCAAGCGCGCCUGCUUCUCCCCGCCCGGGCGCCAGCGCCCCUGGGCAGGUGCUGAGCGCCUUUCCGAGCCUUCCCUGCUGCCUCCCUCUUCCGCCUGGCCGCCUGGCUGCUGCAGUGCACAUGGGCUGCUGGAGGUAGAUGGGCUCACCGCCCGGGAGGCGGCGGUGGAUGCGGCGCUGGGCAGAAACAGCCACCGAUUCCAGCUGCCGUGGGGCCGAGCGCCCCGGGUGCUGCUGCGAGCCCCGGGCUCGGCCAUGGGGACCUCGGCAAGCAGCAUCACCGCCCUCGCCUCUUGCAGCCGCAUUGCCGGCCAAGUCGGAGCCACGAUGGUCGCCGGCUCUCUUCUCCUGCUUGGAUUCCUCAGCACCAUUACAGCUCAACCAGAACAUAAGACUCUGAGUCUCACUGGCACAUACCGCCACGUUGACCGUAUCACUGGCCAGGUGCUAACCUGCGACAAGUGUCCGGCUGGAACGUAUGUCUCUGAGCACUGUACCAACACGAGUCUGCGCGUUUGCAGCAGCUGCCCUGCGGGGACCUUUACCAGGCAUGAGAACGGCAUAGAGAGAUGCCAUGACUGUAGUCAGCCGUGCCCAUGGCCGAUGAUCGAGAGAUUACCUUGUGCUGCCUUGACUGACCGAGAAUGCAUCUGCCCACCUGGAAUGUAUCAGUCUAAUGGUACCUGUGCUCCCCAUACAGUGUGCCCCGUGGGCUGGGGUGUGCGGAAGAAAGGAACAGAGAAUGAAAAUGUGCGGUGUAAGCAGUGCGCUCGGGGUACCUUCUCUGACGUGCCUUCCAGUGUGAUGAAGUGUAAAGCUCACACAGACUGUCUGGGUCAGAACCUGGUGGUGGUCAAGCCGGGGACCAAGGAGACAGACAACGUCUGUGGCUUGCACCCGUCCUUCUCCAGCACAACCCCACCCUCCCCUGGCACAGCUACCUUUUCUCACCCUGAGCACAUGGAAUCCCACGAUGUCCCUUCCUCCACCUAUGAGCCCCAAGGCAUGAACUCAACAGAUUCCAACUCUACUGCCUCUGUUAGAACUAAGGUACCAAGUGACCUCGAGGAAGGGACAGUGCCUGACAAUACAAGCUCAACAAGUGGGAAGGAAGGCACGAACAACACCCUGCCAAACCCACCACGUGUUACCCACCAGCAAGGCCCCCACCACAGACACAUUCUGAAGCUGCUGCCGUCGUCCAUGGAGGCCACUGGUGAGAAAUCCAGCACAGCCAUCAAGGCCCCCAAGAGGGGCCAUCCCAGGCAGAACCCGCACAAGCAUUUCGACAUCAAUGAGCAUUUGCCUUGGAUGAUUGUGCUCUUCCUUCUGCUGGUCCUGGUGCUGAUAGUGGUGUGCAGUAUCCGAAAGAGCUCCAGGACUCUCAAAAAGGGGCCCCGGCAGGAUCCCAGCGCCAUAGUGGAAAAGGCAGGGCUAAAGAAGUCCUUGACUCCAACCCAGAACAGGGAGAAAUGGAUCUACUAUCGCAACGGCCAUGGUAUUGACAUCCUGAAGCUUGUAGCAGCCCAGGUGGGAAGCCAGUGGAAGGACAUCUAUCAGUUUCUUUGCAACGCCAGCGAGAGGGAGGUGGCUGCCUUCUCCAAUGGCUACACGGCGGACCACGAGCGGGCCUAUGCGGCUUUGCAGCACUGGACCAUCCGCGGCCCCGAGGCCAGCCUCGCCCAGCUCAUCAGCGCCUUGCGCCAGCACCGACGCAAUGACGUCGUGGAGAAGAUUCGUGGGCUGAUGGAAGAUACUACGCAGUUGGAAACCGACAAACUGGCUCUCCCCAUGAGCCCCAGUCCGCUUAGCCCAAGCCCUAUUCCCAGUCCUAACGUGAAACUUGAGAAUUCCACUCUCCUGACAGUGGAGCCCUCACCCCUGGACAAGAACAAGGGCUUCUUCGUGGACGAGUCGGAGCCUCUUCUGCGCUGCGACUCCACAUCCAGCGGCUCCUCGGCACUGAGCAGGAACGGCUCCUUUAUUACCAAAGAAAAGAAAGACACAGUGUUGCGGCAGGUCCGCCUGGACCCCUGUGACUUGCAGCCCAUCUUCGAUGACAUGCUGCACAUCCUGAAUCCUGAGGAGCUGCGGGUGAUUGAAGAGAUUCCCCAGGCCGAGGACAAACUGGACCGUCUCUUUGAGAUCAUUGGGGUCAAGAGCCAAGAAGCCAGCCAGACCCUCUUGGACUCUGUGUACAGCCACCUUCCCGACCUAUUGUAGAACAUGGGGGCACUGCAUCCUGGAAAUCAGCCUACUGGCGGCAUGAUUUCCUUUCCUUUCUGACUUUUGUGUUUUUGACGUGUGAGUGUAUGUGUGUGUUUAACAGAGUAUAUGGCUGGUGCUUGAGUUUGGGAUUCUUUCUUUCUUUUUCUUCUUCUUGUUUUUUUUUUUUUUUUUUUUUUGGUUUUUUAGAUUUGGUUUUUUUCGAGACAGGGUUUCUCUGUAUAGCCCUGGCUGUCCUGGAAUUCACUCUGUAGACCAGGCUGGCCUCGAACUCAAAAAUCUGCCUGCCUCUGCCUCCCAGAGUGCUGGGAUUACAGGCGUACGCCCGGCUCUUUCUUUCUUCUUGAAAGUGAAUGUAUAAAGCCUUUUCAAUGUAUAACUAUUGGAAUACGCCUACCACUAAAGUUUUUUUUUAAGCUCCAUAUAUUCUCCAUUUUUGCCUUCUUAUAUAGUUUCAACGCUAUUCUGUGCACUUUAAAAACUUAACAUAAGCGCAGUGCGACUUUUUCCACAUGCCGGGUUCCAAGACUCUCAACUUCUUCAAAACAUAAUGGCAUCUUGUGACUUCUAGAAGUAGACAUAAGUCUGUCAACCUCCACACCUCCUUUUUCUGUUUUAAUUAUUAUUGCUAUUUGUCUUCCGUUUGUUCUUUACAAGCCUUCUUGAGGACGGAGGGAAAUCUACAACCCUGCUGAUGACUGUAACUCGAUUAGACUUUGAGUUGUCUUCUUCGUGUCCUGUUAUGUAGUUCAUAUUCACGGCUGGGCUGGAACUCGACCACACUCUCUAUUGCUGAUUGUAUGGUUUUUGUGUGGACACCGUACACUGCUUGAUAACUUGUGCUCCUCUUAACGCUACCAUGCUCUGGGCUGGAGAAUGAAAUCCUUAAGUCACCAAGACUUGCUGUUUCAGUGGCUUGACACCUGGGCCACCAAAGAACUCGAUCUUCAUCUUUAGGAGCACCUCCGCUGCACCCUGGAAAGCCAACCUUAAGUGCCAGUGGCACUCUAUGCCCCGCUUUGCUCUGAAAGAUAUCUUUCUUGGUUUUUUUAUUCUUCUCUCUCUCUCUCUCUCU